UUCGCGCUCGGCCAUGGCGGAGGCCUCAGUCGGCCGACAGAGUCCCAGGGUGGUGCCGUACCCAGCCCGCAGCCUAUGUCCUGGAGAGCCUGGCCUUCAGACUGCAGCAGUUGUGUCAAUGGGCUCAGCUGAUCACCGCCUGAACCUCGCUGAGAUCCUCUCCCAGAACUACGGCGUGCGGGAGGAAAGGGAAGAUGAUGAUGAUGAUGAUGAUGCUGCUCAGGAGAAGCAGAAGUCUUUAGAAGAGCUGGAGAAGAGUUUCAAUGCAUCUCAGAGCAGUGAAAUGCCAUUUGAGGAGCUGCUGGCACUGUAUGGCUAUGAGGGCUCUGACCCCAUCUCAGAGCAGGACAGUGAGAGCAAUGAUAUUACUCCAAAUCUCCCUGAUAUGACUCUGGAUAAGGAACAAAUAGCCAAGGAUUUGCUUUCAGGGGAAGAAGAGGAGGAGACACAGUCUUCAGCUGACGACCUGACUCCAUCCGUCACGUCCCACGACGCCUCGGACCUCUUCCCAAACCAGCAUGGCUCAAACAACUUCCUUGCUGAUGAAGACAAAGAGCCCUGCUCAUCUCCAUGUGCUUCCUCCAUGGCUGAGGAUUCAGAGGAGGAUUCCAUCCCAUCCAACGAGUGUAAGAAGGAGAUCAUGGUUGGACCUCAGUACCAAGCUGCUGUUCCCAUCCUCCAUUUAAGCAGGCAUGGUGAGAAAGCCUAUGAGAAUGAAGAUCAGCUGCUUUGGGACCCAAACAUCCUCCCUGAGAGAGAGGUGGAAGAGUUCCUGUACCGCGCCGUGAAGCGGCGCUGGGAUGAGCUCUCCAGCAGCAGCCUGCCGGAAGGGGAGAUGGUGAAGGACAAUGAGCAGGCUUUGUAUGAACUGGUCAAGUGCAACUUCAAUGCAGAAGAGGCACUGAGGAGGCUACGAUUCAAUGUGAAGGUGAUCAGAGAUGAACUUUGUGCCUGGAGUGAGGAAGAGUGUAGGAACUUUGAACAUGGCUUCAGGGUCCAUGGGAAAAACUUCCACCUUAUCCAAGCCAACAAGGUCCGUACCAGGUCCGUGGGGGAGUGUGUGGAGUAUUACUACAUGUGGAAGAAGUCGGAGCGCUACGACUACUUCACCCAGCAGACUCGGCUGGGAAGGAAGAAGUACGUCCUCCACCCUGGAGCCACGGACUACACUGACAACGACCUGGAUGGGGCUGAGGUGGAGAACACCACUCGGUCUCGGAGCUCCCCACCAAUUCCCUCUGCCACUGGCUGCCUGGAUUCCCACUUUGGGCAGGAUCAGAUAGCAAUAGAGAGCACAGAACCCCUGAGCGUGGAGAGCACAGCCUGCAGCCUGGGCAGCAUCAGUGAAUCAGGGCAGGGCUAUGAGUGCAGCACCCCCUCAGAGACCAACUGCUCCUUCGACCCCACGGAGGAGACCUCCUCGGCUGCCACCUCCGCGCCCUGCCCGCGGCACAGCAGUGCCGCCGCCGCCCCCCCGGAGCCAGGGCUCUACCCUUUGCCAGCAGCAGGACUGGCAGAGGAGAAGCAGGAGACGUUGCAGAGCUCUGGGGAGAGGAUAAGCAUGGACUUCACUCUGCCUGCAGACAUUAACCAGGGUUUGCCUUUAAUUGCUGGCCCGGUGGAUUUGGACAGAGACCCAGAGGCCCCUGCGCAAGUGUCCUUAGCGGUCACAGAGUUCGGCCUCCUUGGCAUUGGAGAUGUAAAUAGUUUCCUGACUGCUCACCAGGCUUGCCCAGCACCUGUGGCUCACUCAGAGCCUUUGUCUCAGUGA